UCUGAAGCCACUCAUUUAACCUCUCCGAGCCUUGGCUUUCCUAUCUGUUCAAAGGAUGGAAGGGAGCCCGAGGCGAGGACCCACGCCUGUCAUCCUGGCGCAGGAAUAGCAGACGUCCAGCCUCGGUGGCCCAGAGGCUGGGGAAGCGCCCCACACCUGUUGGCCGCAGGCUAGGGAUGACCCGGCAGGCAGAGGGGGACCCGGCCCCGCAGGGCGGGGCGGGUGAUCCCGCCCAGGCUUGAGGGCGCGGUCUCCCGCCCGCUGUGCUCGCGGCCCUCCACCCCCCUCACUGUCCACGGCCAGCCAUGGCUGGGAGCUGAAGGUGGGAUGGCAGGCCUGAUCACAAGAGGAGAGGCUGCAUUCCCGUUGGCAGAGAAGACCAGCUCCUAAGCCAGAGCACAUCUCCAGGAGACCUGCUGGCCGCCCGGAUCCCACCUUCCUACUAUGGGCUGCCUAGGCUGACCAGCCAAUUCCUGUGGGCAGCUCCUGCUCUGAUCUUGGGGAGACCAUGUCCAAGCCUCCUGACUACCUGUUGAGGCUGCUCCGGGGCACCCCUAGACAGCGGGUCUGCACCCUCUUCGUUAUCAGCUUCAAGUUCACAUUCUUCGUCUCCCUCAUGAUCUACUGGCAUACUGCGGGCGAGCCCAAGGACCAAGGGCGACUGUAUAACCUGCCAGUGGAUAUCCCCUGCCCCUGGCUGACCCUUCCUACCCUGCCUUCUGGCACCUCUGCCCCAGGCAAUAUCUUCUUCCUGGAGACAUCAGACAGGAUCAGCCCCAACUUCCUAUUCAUGUGCUCAGUGGAGUCAGCUGCCAGGGCCCAUCCUGAGUCCCAGGUAGUGGUGCUGAUGAAGGGUCUUCCUAGAGACAGUGCAGCCCUGCCCCGGAACCUCGGCAUCUCUCUUCUGAGGUGCUUCCCCAAUGUCCAGAUACGACCUUUGGACCUGCAAGGGCUGUUCCAGGACACGCCCCUGGCACCCUGGUACCUGGAUUUGCAGCGUAGUUGGGAGCCCUACCUGCUGCCGGUGCUCUCCGACGCCUCCAGAAUCGCUCUCCUCUGGAAGUUUGGUGGUAUCUACCUGGACACGGACUUUAUUGUCCUCAAGAACCUGAGGAACCUGACGAACGUGCUGGGCAUCCAGUCCCGCUAUGUCCUCAACGGUGCCUUCCUGUCCUUUGAGCGCCAGCAUGAGUUCUUAGAACUCUGCAUACGUGACUUUGUGGCCCACUACAAUGGCUGGAUUUGGGGCCACCAGGGCCCCCAGCUGCUCACGAGAGUCUUCAAGAAGUGGUGCUCCAUUCGCAGCCUGGAGGAGAGCCACAGCUGCCGUGGAGUCACUGCACUGCCGCCAGAGGCCUUCUACCCCAUCCCCUGGCAGAACUGGAAAAAGUACUUUGAGGACAUCAGCCCAGAGGAACUGGCCCGGCUGCUCAAUGCUACCUACGCCGUGCAUGUGUGGAACAAAAAGAGCCAGGGCACACACUUCGAGGCCACAUCCAGGGCUCUGCUGGCCCAGCUGCAUGCCCGCUACUGCCCCAAAACACACGAAGUCAUGAAGCUGUACCUGUGAGCCCCUCCAGGCUGCCUUCCUGACACACCAGUACUGUUCCCACCUUUCCUGAGGAGGUUAAGACAAGCAGGCAGGUGAAGGGAUCAGCCACUGCCGGUAAGCUUGGGGCAGACUGAGGCUGUGCUGGGGAGCAUGUGAUGCUUCCAGGCACGAAGCUAUCCAGGCCAGAGUGAGGCUGGUGGAUAUGCCCUUGUCCAGUGCCCUGAGUUGGCAAGUGAUUCUAAAAUCAAGAACAUCUGGGGUCUUAACAGGCAAGAACAGCCUGGAGCAUUAGAGAGCCUUCCAAGGUGCCUGGAAGCCAUGUGGUGGGGCUGGGGCCAGGAAGGGAACUUGGAGAAGGCUGUGUAGAAGGGCUAAGGGAGGAGGACAGAGCUCCCAGGCAGCUUGGCAGAGUCGGUGCCAACCCAGCCUCAUGAGCCCAGGGAGAGGGGUAAAGCUCAUGGGGGAGCCCAGUCCUUCCUCCCCUUGGAUGCUGUUCUGGAGAUCUGUGCCAGUGACCCACCCACUGCACAGGGGUGGGCAGAAGUUCUUUUGGCUCAAGAAAGCAUUUUAAAUCCUUUCCCUGUUAGACACUGGAGGCCAGAAUAAAAGUGACUCACCAAUGCCUAAUGCCUUGUGGUCAAUGCAGCACGCUAGCGAGCCUGUGAGCAUAGCCUCAGUCCAGGAUAGGAAAGAGACUGGGGAUGGCCGCUUCACUGGGUCAUGCAACUCACCUGAAAGGGAUGGGCUCAGAAACUUGGUGGCUGAGUGACAUAUCCCUGAGAUGGGGGGAGACUGAGUCUCACAACAACCAAGGGUGGGUCCCAGCCCACACCUGCUUCUACCUCUUAAUAAAAUCCUGAAUCUAUUUUUA